AGGCAAACAAAUUCACUUUUCAGCAAGAGGCAGAAUACAAGCUGUUGGGAAAAACACAAUCGUAGACGGACACAAUGCCGGAGCCGAGCAGUAACGAGGGCGACAACGCCAAUCUGUACGCGCGCCUGCAACAAUCGCAGCUGAUUCGCGCCAACAUACAAAACAUUUCGCAGUUCCUCAACACUGGCCUUAGUCCCGAAACGCUCGACAUCUGUGUGAAGCUACUGGAGGCCGGUGUUCACCCGCAGUCCCUUUCGGAGUCUGUCACACUGAUCCGCAACCAGCUGGCCGCCAUCAAUAACGGUGAAGCGGUAGAUUAGGAAGCGUGAAUAAACUUUUAUUUGCAACCACCACAGCCUGCUAGUCGAACCGUGACAUAUCAUCGUUCUGCUCGGUUGAGGUGUUGAUUGC